AUGUCCUGUGAUAGUUUGGUCUCUCAAGUGUCGACGAUAUUUUGCUCGGCGCUGCGUAAGGGGGCGUCGGUUUCUUGGUGUCCUAGGAAAUUGUGCAACUUCAUAGUGCACGAGCGAUGUGUGGGGCAAGUGGUAACGCCGUGCUGUGGGGUGGCACCGAGCCUAAUCAAGAACCCAGUGGCUCACUGCUGGUCAGAACCGACACACCACAAACGCAAGUUCUGUACGGUGUGCCGCAAGCGACUUGACGAAUUACCAGCUCUACAUUGUAUGAUAUGCGAGUACUACGUCCACGGAGAAUGCGUGGACUUUGCGGCGGCGGAUUGCAAGGAGAACGCGACGUAUUGCGCAGGAAGCGAACCCAGACACGUUCACCAUUGGCGAGAGGGGAACCUCCCGGCCAACUCCAAGUGCGCGGCGUGCCGGCGAACGUGCUGGUCUGCUGAAUGCCUCACCGGCUACCGCUGCGAGUGGUGCGGCAGUACUUGUCACGCCGGCUGCCGCGCCCUGAUCCCGGAAGAAUGCAACUUCGGCACUCUCCAGCCCAUUUUCCUGCCUCCGUCGGCGGUGUCCAUCCCCCGCACGGAGGUGCCCAUGGAAGCCAUCAUCGGGGUGCACGUCCGACCGCCCCCUUCCCAGCGGGACUUCGGCUGCCCGCGCCGGCGGGGCUGGUCACCGCGGCUGGUGACCCUGGCGCGACGUCUGCUCCCAGCCUCGUGCACGCCGCACCAUGGCGCUUCGCCACCCUACUCCAGAGCUCGCAGCGUGAGUGAGGAGUUCAGUUCGGGCUGCGAAGGCCGUUCGGGGUCCGGCGGCGGAUCGACGGGAGCACCCGCAGACCAGGAACACAAGCCUGACCAUAAACAACAUAGAGAUCGCACACCAGACGACAGGGACGAAGAGGUAGUCAAAGUAUAUGACGGCGAAGCAGCCUGGUCCAGACGUCUGUACCGACCCGUGGUGGUAGGCAGAAACUGGAGCGAACGAGAGCUGGUCGCGGCCGCUCUUCGCGCGUUCCACGUAGCCCGUGACCCUCAGCAGUUCGAACUGACAGAUGCAUUAGCUGGGGAUGAACCACCUCUGAAAGAUCCCACGCCGUUGGCCCGUGUUGCUCGUCUUCCGAACAAGAGACCAGCUUUGUUCUUACGCUUUAAGGAGCCAGAAACAGGUGGCGGUGAAGUGCGAGUGUAUCCCGGUAGGAUUGCGGGUGCAGGCGACACAUUCGUGACUGUCACCUGCUCUGGGGACGAAUCUGUGGCCGACCUUAUGGCAUCUGCGCUAGAACGGUUCGGAUUAGAUCCUUUGUCUGCUGUGCAGGACUACCGGUGCUCUGAAAUCUUACUCGAUCGAGGAGUAUCGGAACGCGUGCUAGAGGAAGACGAGCGGCCAUGGCGCAUUCUAGUCAGGUUGGCUCGCGACUCAGUCAGGCGAAUGGAUCUAGCGCGCUUCUACCUCCAGCCGCGUCGAGACCCCCACGGACCCACUCUGGCGUUGUUCGUUGCUUCUUUACCACCCGGGCUCUCGGAGCGGAACUAUGAGACUAUACUUGUAGAGUUUUUAGGCGCUGAUAACAAGUUCACAUCGAUCGGGCCGAUCUACUACGAGUACGGGUCAAUGGUGAUCACCUACGAGGACGCGAGCAAAGCUGUGCGCGCCCUCUACGCCCUCCGAGAGGCCAAAUAUGAAGAUAAGCAUUUAUUAGUGAUGCUGCUACCCAGCAUCGAGCCUUCCAUGGUCCCGUCGGGCGUGAAGCCACUCUUGGUGUUCGUGAACGUGAAAUCCGGAGGCUGCCAAGGCCUCGAACUCAUCUCUUCCUUCCGGAAACUUCUCAAUCCCUAUCAAGUCUUUGAUCUCGAGAAUGGCGGUCCUCUUCCAGGGCUGUACGUGUUUCGCCACAUCCCCAACUACAAGAUCCUGGUCUGCGGUGGAGACGGUACUAUCGGAUGGGUGCUCCAGUGUUUAGACAACGUCGGUCAAGACUCGCAGUGCUCCAACCCACCAUGCGCCAUUGUGCCUCUAGGCACCGGUAACGAUCUAGCGCGCGUCCUCCGUUGGGGGUCAGGUUACACCGGCUGCGAAGACCCCAUGUCUCUACUCCGUGACGUCAUCGACGCUGAAGAGAUUCGGCUCGACCGCUGGACUGUCGUCUUCCACCCAGAAGAUAAGCAGGAUGAACCGAAGGAUCUCACCAAGCAAACCCUACCCGGUUCCCAGAGCGAGGACAACUCGCAGAUUCUAGUUAUGAACAACUACUUCGGCAUCGGUAUUGACGCAGACCUGUGUUUGGACUUCCACAACGCGAGAGAGGAGAACCCUAAUAAGUUUAACAGCAGGUUACAUAACAAGAGCGUGUACGUAAGGAUGGGUCUGCGCAAGAUGGUCGGGCGAAAGAUGUGCAAGGAUUUGCAUAAAGCUGUCAAGCUGGAAGUGGACGGGAAGCUAGUAGACCUGCCCGCUGUUGAGGGCAUCAUUAUCCUUAAUAUUCUUAGUUGGGGCUCCGGGGCGAACCCGUGGGGUCCGGAGAAGGACGACCAGUUCAACAAGCCGAACCACUGGGACGGCAUGUUGGAGGUGGUGGGGGUCACGGGCGUCGUGCAUCUCGGACAGAUUCAGUCCGGCUUGCGCGGCGCCAUGCGCAUCGCUCAGGGCGGACACAUCAAGAUCAAUCUGAAGAGUGAGAUCCCUGUGCAGGUAGACGGGGAACCGUGGGUGGCGGCGCCCAGCGAGGUCGUCGUCCUUAAGUCUGCGCUUAAGGCGACGAUGCUAAAGAAGAGCAAGCGCGGGUCGGGCGCGGGCCCCGCCGCGGGCCCGUGA